ACUCUAUCUAAGACUUGAAAAACUGAAGAGAUCCGCCAUAGGAAAAAAAAAACAACAACAAAAAAAACCCCAAAAACCCACAAUAAUAGGCUUUAAACAGCACAGCAGCGUCGGGAGCGACACGUCUCAAAGCCAAUGGAUGCUCUGGUCGAUGUGGGAGUAGUGAUGAUCGCCUGAAGGAAAUAACGCCCAUUUGCGUAAAUUUUGGUAUCAGACUGGAGCAAAAGUGGGAGAGGCCAAUCACGUGAAAAAAUCCACACUGUAUACCGAUGCCAUUGGAGAUACCUUCCCUGCUUUAUUGUCUUUGAGUGAGCAACAAUGCAGAAGGCAACAUACUACGACAACGCUGCACUCUUUGGGGGGUACAGUUACCCCAAAGCCGACUCUUACAGCUACGCUCACCAGUCCUACCCUGCAGCCACCAUUGAGGGGGACUACCAGGGCCCAGUGUGCCCCAUCCAGAGCCCCGCUGUCCGGCCUCCCCCGCCGGCCCUGAAGGAAAGUGACUUAAACGUGGAUUGCAUGCGGCAGAACAGCAGCAGCAGCAGCAGCAGUCAAAGCAACACCAGCAGCAGCAGCAGCAGCAGCCAUGAGGCGUCGAGUGUUGGGGAGCAGCAGUCCGGGGCUCCCCUUCCCCCAUCACCCGGCUCCGUGCCCCAUAAGAAGAAGUCUUCCCCGGGUGGCGGCAACGCUACGCCGGUCUUGACCAAGCAGAUCUUCCCCUGGAUGAAGGAGACCCGGCAGAAUGCAAAGCAGAAGGGCAACACUUGCCCUGCAGCAGGCGAGGUGAGCGACGAAAAGAGCCCGUCUGGCCCGGCCUCCAAGCGGGUGAGAACCGCGUACACCAGCGCGCAGCUGGUGGAGCUGGAGAAGGAGUUCCACUUCAACCGCUACCUCUGCCGCCCACGCAGAGUGGAGAUGGCCAACCUGCUCAACCUGACCGAGCGCCAAAUCAAGAUCUGGUUCCAGAACCGCAGGAUGAAGUACAAAAAGGACCAGAAGUCCAAAGGGCUGGCGCACUCCCCGCUGGGCCACUCCCCGGACCGAAGCCCCCCGCUGAGCGGGCCCGCUCACAUGGGCGGGUACACGGGCCAGCUGCAGAACACUUUGGCCUACGACGCGCCCUCCCCGCCGCCCUUCGCCAAGCCCCAGCAGAACAUGUACGGCCUGGCCGCCUACACGGCCCCGCUGGGCGGCUGCAUGCCGCAGCAGAAGCGCUACCCGGGCUCCGAGUACGAGCACCACAGCCUGCAGGGUGGCGGUGUCGGCGGCGGCGGAGGCACCUUCGCCGGCGCCAACCUGCAGGGCAGCCCGGUGUACGUGGGCGGGAACUUUGUGGACGCCAUGCCGGCCUCGGGCCCCGUCUUCAACCUGGGCCACCUUCCACACCCGUCGUCCACCAGCGUGGACUACAGCUGCGCGGCGCAGAUCCCCGGGAACCACCACCACGGACCCUGCGACCCCCACCCCACCUACACGGACCUCACCUCGCACCAAGCCACUCAGGGAAGGAUUCAGGAGGCGCCCAAACUCACGCACUUGUAAUAUUGGCGUGUGCGCGGAUGCCAAUAUGAUCUUUUUAUUACCUCACUAUAUACUCAUGUGCAUCAUCAUCAUCAUCAUCAUCAUCACAGUAUUAUUGUGCAUUUUAAUUCCAAAUAACACAGCUUCUCCCAC